AUACUACUUUCCCCUACGUGAGGGGAUGUUUCAUUUCAUGAGAAAAGUAUGUGUUACGAACAUGAAAACGUUGUAUAUAUAUACGAGAGACACGAACGUGCAAGCACGUAAGAACCAGAUUCUAGUAAAAGAAAAUAAAAAAAAAUCUUUGCCGAAGAGAAGAGAGUAAUGGAGGAGGACCGGGUGAAAUUAAUAUGCAAAAGAACGGUAGUGAGCACGAAGCCUGUUGAACAAGGGCGAUUGUACCGGUUCUCAGUAUUCGACCACGUCAUGGAACCUAAUCACAUCCGUCUAGUAUACUAUUACCAGUCUUCCAAAGCUAGAGAACCGGGAGAGAUCACCAAAAAACUAAGGGAAUCAUUAGCGUAUACUCUCAAUUGUUAUCCAAUUGUAACCGGGAGAUUGGUUAAGGAAACUGAUGGUACGGAAGAGAACCGGUGGAAGGUGAAGAGCAACGACGCCGGGGUGAGAAUGAUUGAGGCGAGAGCUACCGGGACGGUUGAGGAAUGGCGUAGCAGUGUAAAUAGAGAGGAAGAGCUUAAGCUUGUUCAUUGGGAGGACAUGUAUCAUCUUCCUUAUUAUUGGUCUACCUUUUAUGUUCAGGUAACUGAGUUUGAGAGUGGUGGGUUAGCUAUUGGGUUAAGUUGUACACAUCUAUUAGCUGAUCCAGUUUGUGCAAUGAUGUUUAUUCGAACAUGGGCUGAUUUAACACUGACUCGAAACAUGAUGACUCCACCAAUCUUCCAUUCACUCCCACCUCGCAGGUUCUCUAGCCAUAAGCUCUCUAACAACCAACUUCUUAGCCAUUACAACAGAUCUUCCUCCCUAACAGCUCCAUCUCCAAACAUAACCGAGGAUUAUAUGGUUACUAUUACCCUUCUGUUCCCGGAUCCGAUGGUCCAAGUUGGCGAGAACGAGCCAGGGCUUACGGCAUUUGAGAUAUUGGCUGGACUAUUUUGUGUCUGUGUGAGUCGAGCCAAAGGGAAGAGGAACGAGCUUACGGACAUGUCAUUGUGCUUAGACGUUAGGAAACUAUUGCGUUUAGACCAAAGUUAUUUCGGUAACUGCAUGGUUUAUCACAAGGUUCAUUAUUCCAAACCUGUCAAGGCGAUAGAUAGGUUAUUAUUAUUAUCUUAUGUUGUUCAAGAGAUUCAUAAUGUAACCAAGGGGCUACUAGACUACCACGCGGUCAUGGAUUUGGUCGAGUGGCUUGGUAGCAACAAUAACAAUCCGAUAUCCAACGGUUCGGAUCUUGUUUGUACUAAUCUAGAGAACAUGGGGAAUCCACGUCCAAUGAUGUUCGAGGAGGAUUUGAUGUUGAGCCACUUAUCUUGCUACGUUGAAGGGCCUGUAGCUGGAGGUGGACAGGUCAUAGUGCUUCCUUCACCGUCUGGGGAGGGACCAAUGAGCCGAGUGGUUAUGGUCAGUCUUCCUCAAAGAGAAAUGGUCAAGGUUUUAGAGGAUGAGCUUCUUCAAAGCUUUUCCCCUGUUUUACUUUGGAAACUACAAAACAAAAAAAAUAAUAAAGAUUAACACAGAUAGAUUUAUAAAUUAAUAAAGUUAAACUAUAUAUAUUUCUUUUCCGUUUGGGUUCGAUGCCAAUUGCCAAGAUUACAAUUAUGCCAUGAGAAGAUCCGUUUGUGUUCUUAAUAUUUCAUAGGAACUUCCAGUGUAAACACAGUUCAAUAUGAACAUCCCAAUGUCAAUGGUUAUCGGCUUAUUGCAUACUUUAGUAUAUUUUUAUAUUCUUUUUUUUUGUCGAGCAGUGAUGUAUAUGAGCUAUGAACCCGACUUGUGGAAAAACUGAAAACACGAAUCUUAUUUGUUUUUAAAUUUUAAUUUUUAUAGUUUAUAGACUUUUUAGUGUGCAGUAGUUUUUUGGACGUAGACUUUAGGUCUUGAUCACCUCUCCGGAAAGUAGUCAUGAAAUUACUUGAUGGACAACCCCACAUAUGGGAUAUAGUUUGUUUAAAUAAGGUAACUAGGUGAAAGGAAAUGUUAGAGCAAUUUAAUUUCUUAAUGAGUUUCUCAAUACAAAAUUAUACUGAUAUUAAAUUUUAAAAUACGAAUAUAAAAGUAUAUACAUAUUUUCCCGGAAUGUAUUCAUGACAAAUAAUUUCUAAAGAAAAUGUUAUUGUGUUAUUUAAAUUUCUUCAACAAACACUAUGGAGUUGCUUGGAAACUUCCAAUGGGUCAUCCUCCAGAAUUGGGCUCAAAUUACAGCCCAACAAGCAAAACAAAAUCUUCAUGAACACUAGUUACACUUGUCCUCCGAUCAAUAUUUUUUCCAAUGUUUUUAAACCCGACAACAUCCAACCGCACGACUUACCAGAUUACUGAUCACUGGAUCUACCGCAGAUUAAUAAAUAAAUUAAUUUUAUUAUAUAAUAAUAUAUCAGUUAUAUAAAUAAAAAUAUAAAAACUAAAGUUUAAUAUUUUCUAAAAUGUUUUUUAAAACAUAAAAUAAUACUUUGGAUAUGUAUAUAUUUAUGUUUAAAAACAUUUAAAAAAUACUUAACUUUAAUUUUUAUAUUUCUAUUUUUAUUUGACAUACAAGAUAUCAAAAAAUACUUUAGACUAUUUAUAUUUUUUUUUAAUAAAGUAAGAGUUAUGACAUCUAAAAGAAAUCAAGACAUAAAAUUUAUAAAUAUUUAAAUGUCUAAUGUGAAUAAUAAAUUAAAUUUUAAAUAAAAAAUAAAAAAUCAUUAUAAUAAAUUAUCAAUAACAGAAAUAAACUAACA